GAAGCGGCGGGGAGGGAAGGGAGCUUCUCCGGUCUGCAAAAUCAAAGCAUGGCGGAGGCUGGCGAUGAGAAGCGUCCUGCCCCGAGCAUCCAGCGGCUCUGACAAGCCCGGAGCCAGCGCGGGUGGGGGUGGGAGAGGGCGGGAGGGGGGAGAGCAUGGGAGGGAGGGGGCGGCCAGUCCUUCCCCCUGCACUUGUCAGAUGCAGAUGGGACUGGCAAAGUUUGUUUGAAUAAAAAAAAAAAAAAAGCCAAAAAAAAAAAAAAAGGGGGAAGAGCAGGAGGAGGGGGAGGGAAAAAAAAAAAAAAAAGAUCCUAGAAAUCCAAAAAGGCUCAUCUGGGAAAGGAGAGAGAGGAGAGCGAGAGGAAGCGGGAUGCAACUCAACCUGACGCUGAUCUGCUUCGUCUUCGGGGGGUUCCUGCCCGACGCCGCGGCCCGGCGGGAGCAGAUGGACACGGGGCAGUGCGACCUGCCCCGCUCGCAAGGAGAGCUCAACUCCUUCCUCUGGACCAUCCGCCGCGACCCCCCCGCCUAUCUCUUCGGCACCAUCCACGUGCCCUACACGCGGGUGUGGGACUUCAUCCCUGACAACUCCAAGGCCGCCUUCCACGCCAGCUCCAGCGUCUACUUUGAGCUGGACCUCACCGACCCCUACACCAUCUCGGGGCUGGCCAGCUGCCAGAUGCUGCCCCACGGGGAGAACCUGCAGGACGUGCUGCCCCGCGAGCUCUACCGGCGCCUCAAGCGCCACCUGGACUACAUCAAGCUGAUGCUGCCCCACUGGAUGACCCCGGACCAGCGGGGCAAAGGGCUCUAUGCCGACUACCUCUUCAACGCCAUCGCCGGCAACUGGGAGCGCAAGAGGCCCGUCUGGGUGAUGCUCAUGGUGAACUCCUUGACGGAGACUGACAUCCGCUCCAGAGGGGUGCCGGUGCUUGAUCUCUACCUCGCCCAGGAGGCCGAGAGGAUGAAGAAGACGACGGGUGCGGUGGAGAGGGUGGAGGAGCAGUGUCACCCGCUGAACGGGCUCAACUUCUCCCAGGUGCUGUUUGCUCUAAACCAAACUCUGCUCCAACAUGAAAGUCUCCGAGCAGGUAGUUUGCAGGCCCCGUAUACCACUGAAGAUCUCAUCAAGCAUUAUAAUUGUGGAGACCUGAAUGCCGUCAUAUUCAAUCACGACACUUCUCAGGUCCCUAACUUCAUCAACACGACGCUCCCGCCCCACGAGCAGGUGACGGCUCAGGAGAUAGACAGCUACUUCAGACAGGAGCUCAUCUACAAGAGGAAUGAGAGGAUGGGGAAGAGAGUGAUGGCACUUCUGAGGGAAAAUGCAGACAAGAGCUUCUUCUUUGCCUUUGGAGCAGGUCACUUCCUGGGUAACAACACUGUGAUUGAUGUACUGAGACAAGCAGGAUUUGAAGUGGAGCACACCCCUCCUGGACAACCAAUUGGAAAUUCAAGGACGACAAAGACAAGUCCGGCCUUGGAAGGGUCCUCAGCAACAGCCCUGCCUGCCCUCCAGCUUUCUGAGCAGGUCCCACUGACGUCUCCUUCCCUGAAGCCCCUGCAGAUGGACGAAGAAGACAGCCUGUCUCCUCACCUCCUGUUGCCGGACAGUAUCAGCCAGCUGGAAGAGUUUGGCAGGCAGAAGAAAUGGCACAAGAAGCAGCACAAACAUCAUCGCCAGAGGCAAUUCAAUGACCUCUGGGUUCGGAUAGAAGACAGCACCACCACGUUGCCUUCCUAUAUCAGGAUAACCAAUGGCUACAUCACAGUCAAACCUCCCAUUUGGAUUUCGAACCGGCUGGAUCAGAGACCACACUCAGACCGCCCAUCCCAGCCUCAGCCAACGAGCUCAGCUUCAGCCACCAUUUUAUGGCCAUCAAUAACUUCUCCUCUCUACGUGGCCAUAGCUUCAUUUCUUCUGAAUCUACUGCAGCCUUCCUGACCACAUUAGUAUUACGUGCAAUCCCUUGGAAUAGAGAAGAGAGAUAAUUUAUGAAUGAAUUGGAGGUUAUGACAACAUUUGCAGACUGGACCUUCUCAGUGAAUCAGUAGUGCCUUCUAGCUGAUUUUGUCUCUUUGCCCAGAUAAGUUUUGAAACUCUAAAGCUUUAUUGUAACACUGACUUACAUCUUCUUUUUGUAGAAGGAUCUUUAUUUCCCAUAGUGCUAUGGGGUUUUGUAAAAUAUUCAUGUUCAUAUAA